CGGCUCCGGAAACAGCCGAAAUCGGGCGAGCGCGGCAGCAGUGAGCCGAAGAGCCGAACGAAGCCCCGGCCGGAAGCAACCGCGCCGCGGCGACAGCUGGAAGAACGUACUGGCUCCCGGCGGCCGCAGGAGUUCUGGCCCGCGGAAGCAUGCAGCGGGGAUGCGGAGAGAGUUACUGCAUGCUUUGGUGGCCAACCUUUAAAGUCAGUUUGGAAGAAUCAACAAAACCUGGAGAAGAUUCAAGAAGACACUACCGGAAAAUGUGGUAUCCAUAGAGACGCUGUCGGAAGUUAGUGUUGCUGAGGAGGCCUGGGUGCGUCGGCUAAACUGCGUAAUGUCUGAAGUCCCAGAGAGAGAUUACUAUUCUGACCCAGAUGAAAAUGAGAAGCCAGAGCCUAAGAUACCAGAAAUGCCGGAACUUCGUAAAUUGUCCGAAGAUGCCGAACCAUACACCAUCACAGAGGCAGGCGCGAAGCUACCCUCAGAGACCGAACAAGAGCCACAGACACUGGAGACUGAGGAAGAGGACUUUAAAGAAGAGGAGCCAAAGAAUGAAAAGAAAGUACAGCCGGAACCGAACUGGACACCUAAGGAAGAAAUUCCCAAGGAAACCCAAAUAGAUCUAUUUAUUCAAGCCGAGCCAGGGAUCACCCAAGUAUUGAAGUCAGAGACAUUGGGAGAAAUGGGAGGCAAGCUUCACAAGGAUUUGAAGGUCCCUGUAGAUGAAAAGGGUAAGGAACCAGUCCUAGAGCCACCAGAGGAGGCUAAUCCAGGUAUCACGGAAUGGGCUACGGAAACAGAUGUACAGCUACCCGGGGAAACCAAAUCUAAGGUUCCAGGGGCCACAACCAGUGAGACAAGAUUAGAGUUACAAGGGGAGACUGAAGAGGAGGUUCCAGAGGAAUCACUUAGAGAGGAAUAUGAAGAAACAGACCUAGAGCCUCCAGAGCAGACCAAACCAGAUUUUUCAAGUGAGAAAUCAAGAAAAUCAAUUGAAGAGGUAGAUCUUCGGUUACCAAAGACGACCAAACCAGAGAUUCCAGAGGAAACACAGAAUGAGUCAACCGAAGAGAAAAAGACAAAGACAAAAAGACCUGAGCAGACUAAACUAGAGUUUCCAGCCCAGAAACCAAAAAUACCUACUGAAAAAACAGACCUACAGCUUCCAGAAGAGACUAAACCAGAGGUUUCAGAGGAGAUAGAAAGAAAGCCAUCUGCACAGACUAAACCAGAGUUUCCAGACCAGAAAACCAAAAAGUCAACUAAGGAGAAAGUUCCAGAGCCACUGGAAUCAGAGUAUCCUGAGGAAGAAUCAAUAAAACCAAUUGUCCAAAUAAAUCUAGAACCAUCAGAGAACACUACAUCAGAAGUUCCAAAGGAGACAAAAAGAAGGUCAGAUGAAGAAAAGAUUCCUGGGACACCAGAAGAGACUGGUUUAGUAAAACUACAGGAAAUCAAACCAGAUGUUGAGACACAAAGAGAGUCAACUGAGGAGAAAGUUCUAGAGCCACUAGAGGAUACUAAAUCAACAGAUAAAAAAGAGAAGCAAAGAAAAUCAAAUGAGAAGAUAGGAGUGGCAGUGCCAGAGAAGUUCAAAUCAGAGGAAACACUGAGAAACUCAGCUGAGGAGAAAGGCCUAGAGCCACCAGGACAGACUAAAUUGGAGUUUCCAAAGAUGGAACCAAGAAAACUAACUGAGGAAACAGGUCAAGUGCCACCAUGGAUGACUAAACCAGUUCAAGAGAAGAGAAAAACCGAGUCAACGGAGGAAAAAAAUCUGGAGUUACCAGAUGAAGCCAAAGCAAGAGAAACACAUAUAGAAUUUUCUGAAGAAAACAGGCCAGAGUCAGUAAAAGAAACCGACAAAAUUAGUAACAACUCUGCAUUAGGUUCUCACAGAGGAAGUAAAAUAGACUUAGUUAGUAGUGUACAUUAUGAGAAUUCUCAAGAAGUCUUAAAACUGUUUCAGCUUGAUGAUUUCAAUGAACUCUCAAACUCACAUUUCUCAGAGUCUCAAAUGGAAUUAAAAGAGUCCUUUAAUGAGAAGGAAAUUGUAGAUUUGUCCCAAGAGUUGGAGGAAUUGGUAUCUAAAGAUGAAGAAUCCAGGCCCCCAAAAAGGAUAGAGCCACAGUUUGAAUUUCUUAAGUGGAACCCAGAGGAGGUUGCAGAGUGGAUUAGCCAGCUAGGCUUCCCUCAAUACAAGGAAUGUUUUACUGCAAACUUCAUCGGUGGCAAUAAACUCAUCCAUGUAAACUGCUCAAACCUUCCUCAAAUGGGGAUAACAGAUUUUGAGCACAUGAAGGCAAUUUCUCGGCAUACAAGGGAGCUACUGGGAAUCGAAGAGCCAUUAUUCAGGCGCACCAUCAGACUUCCCUACAGGGACAAUAUUGGUUUAUUUCUAGAACAAAAAAGUCAUACUGGGGUAAAAUCUGACUCCUUGACCUUUUCUGAAUUUGUCAAAGCAGCAGGAUUACAGGACUAUGAACCCUAAAUAAUCCCCUGAACAGAAAGAGGCAUUACGCUGCACUCUGGAGAAAAAGCCAUGUCACUUACCUUGAAAGAGCAAACUAAAUUACUUUGGGAAAGAGGUGUGG